UCUUGUGGUUCAUAUGAAUAAAAUAAUGGAUACUAUUGAAGGUAGAAAUAUGAAGAAGAAAGUAGAAGCUGAAGCAAAAGUUGUAUCAACGUCAUGGCAAGAAAAGAAAGAACUUGUGGAAAAAGAAGAGAAUGUCCUAAGAAAGGAUAUAGAAGACCUUGAGACAUGGGUUGAUUUAAUAGAGAGCAUGAACGAUAAGCAGCUAAAGGGUUAUCUAGAAAGUAAUCCUGACGAUUCAAAAAUGACAAGGGAUCAAAAGAUGAAGAAUAAAGUUCAAAGCACCAGCAAGUCGAAAUCUUCAAUAUCUUCUAAUGGGAUAAUGGCUUCAGUUUGGAGGUUCGAUAAGAAAUAGUGAUGUAUUAAUAUUUAUUAGAUGAAGUUAAUUUCACUGUGUUUAAUUUCUUCCUUGUAUUUAUGUCAUAAACAAAAUAUCAACAGUCUAAUUAAGUCAUAACUAAGUAAUAUAAAUGUUAGAGAAAAUUACAUUUA